AAGUUUUGAAAGAUUGGGUGCCUAACAGAAAUGUAGACGAACUGGACGUGUGUAUAGUAGCUGGGUGUGUGCGCAGCGCAAGAGAUUGACCGAAAUUUCAAGGAUAAAUACUAACUUUGUGUACAGGAAAAAUAAAAUAAAAUAAUAAAAAAAGGAGCAGAAAUUAUCAAAAAAUAAAUUACGUAAAAAUUUUAUUGAAAAAAAUAAGCAAACAAUUAAUUGAGUAAAUACAGAAAUAAAAAAAAUUUGAAUUUGACAAAAUGGGUCUGCCAGAGAUGGAUUUUGAUGCUGUUUUGAAGAAAUGCGGCAACUUUGGACGAUUCCAACUUCUUAUAUUUUUAUGCUUUGGUCUAACAAAUCUCCUCUCAUCGAUGCAUUAUUUUGCACAGACAAUAAUUAGUUUCACGCCGGAGCAUUGGUGUUACCAUGAGAAAUUGGCAAAUUCUAGUUUUGAUGAAAUUCGCGCUGUUUAUGCACAAACAGAAAACCCGCGCUGCACCCUCCUAGACGACAUUGUCGAUGGCAAACCGAUUGUUGCUGAAGUGGGUAAAUGCCGGCAAUGGAUUUAUGAAUAUGAAAGAGGUUACAAAAGCGUGACCUCUGAUCUCAAUUGGGUAUGCGAAGAAUCCAUACAAUCAGCUAUUGGACAAUCAGUAUUCUUUGUGGGUUCUGUAAUCGGCACAGUAUUCUUCGGUUAUCUUGCUGACAAAAUUGGACGACUUCCAGCGUUGAUCUUAACUACUUUAACAGGCGCUAUGGGUGAUUUUCUCACAACAUUUGCCACAAAUUUACCAAUAUAUGCACUCUUUCGUUUCCUUUCGGGCUUAUCCACUGAUACAUUUUACUAUCUCAUGUACAUAAUGGUUUUCGAGUAUCUCAGCCCACGAAAGCGUACACUCGGCCUCAACAUGGCCACCGGCAUAUUCUAUUUUAUUGGUUUGGCUAUGGCACCGUGGUUUGCUCUGUGGUCCGGUUCAUGGCGCGGUUACCUCUACAUCGCUUCGGUACCCGCAGUGCUUGUACUAUUAUACCCCUUUGUGAUAUGUGAGAGCGCCCAAUGGUUGGUGGCCACCCAACGUUAUGAUCGUGCAGUGAAAUGCCUGAAACAUGUUGCUAAAAUCAAUCGUCGCGAGGUGAAGGAGGAAGUAUUUGAUGAAUUCAUCGCUUACUAUAAGCAGAAAGCGGCUGAUCAACUAGUGCAGAAGAAAACCAAAGAUACCUUCUGGGGCAUGUUCCGUACACCACGUUUGCGCAAAUUCACCAUUAUGAUGCUGAUAAAAAACAUGUUCCUGGCACUCGCUCUGGAUGUGAUCAGCCGCAAUAUGGAGGGCAUGGGCAGCUCACCAUUUAUACUCUUCUCAGCCACUUCCAUUGUUUACGUUUUGGGCAGUGUAACCAUCAUUCUACUGCAAAAUCGUAUCGGUCGCAAGGGUAUGGCUUUUAGCACGCUCUUCGUUAGCGCAAUCAUCAUCGCUGCUACGGGAUUUUUAAUCGCUUUUUACGAUACCAAUGAAAACGCUUUGUUGUUGGCUAUCAUGGUUGGACUCGGCCGAUAUGGCGUGGUGGUCAGCUAUGAGGCGGAGGCACAGUAUUCUUCGGAGUUCAUACCGACAACUGUGCGUGCUCGUGGCAUGGCCAAUAUACAUGUUGUUGGUUUCGCCUUCACCAGUCUCAAUUCGUAUGUGAUAUAUUUGGGUUAUUUAUAUAAGCCGCUGCCAUCGAUAUUUAUGGCGCUCUUAAUGUUUAUAGCGUCCAUAUUAUGCUUGUCAUUGCCAGAGACUAUGAAUCAAAAAUUACCACAAACUUUGAAGGAUGGUGAAGAAUUCGCCCGACACCAGCGUUGGUACAACUUUAUAUGCUUCGAUAAGAAUCGGAAUAUCAAAGAGGUGGAGGCAAAGAAUGCUUCCUAAUGUGUCUGGGUGUAAAAGGUGUGUGAGUCAGGCGAACAUAUUGCCUAGAAAAGUGUUUUGCAAAUUGUGUAUGAUAUUUAUGUUACAAAAUAAAGUUUGGACAUUUUUAUAAU